CCCCUCCAUCUCUACCCCCACCCUCAGCCCAAUCUCGCCACUUGCUUUUAUAAUAAUCCGACAUUAACUCUCUCUCUCUCUCUCUCUCUCUCUCUCUCUCUCUCUCUCUCUCUCUCUGCAUUUGCAUAGGCUGCAAUCGGAAGUCGGUCACUGUGUAAAGUAAUGGCAGACGCUAGUGGAGGGUACACUGAGUUUCCCGCAGUGUCGACUCACGGAGGCCAGUUCAUCCGCUAUAACAUAUUUGGUAAUGAAUUUGAGAUCACUAACAAGUAUCGUCCUCCAAUCAUGCCUAUUGGUCGUGGUGCUUAUGGAAUCGUCUGCUCGAUGUUGAACUCUGAGACGAACGAGAUGGUUGCUGUGAAGAAGAUUGCAAAUGCUUUUGAUAAUUACAUGGAUGCUAAGCGGACGCUUCGCGAGAUCAAGCUUCUUCGACAUUUGGAUCAUGAAAAUAUAAUUGCUAUAAAAGAUAUAAUCCCACCACCUCUAAGGAGAGAGUUCAGCGAUGUCUACAUCACCACUGAGCUUAUGGAUACUGACCUUCACCAAAUCAUUCGAUCCAAUCAGAACUUAUCAGAAGAGCAUUGUCAGUACUUCUUGUAUCAGCUCCUACGAGGGUUGAAGUAUAUUCACUCUGCCAAUGUGAUUCAUAGAGACCUGAAGCCAAGUAAUUUGCUACUGAAUGCAAAUUGUGAUUUAAAAAUUUGUGAUUUUGGGCUUGCACGAACAAGUGCUGAGAACGAUUUUAUGACUGAAUAUGUUGUGACAAGAUGGUAUCGGGCCCCUGAGCUCCUGCUUAACUCUUCAGAUUACACUGCAGCCAUUGAUGUCUGGUCAGUUGGCUGCAUCUUCAUGGAGCUCAUGAACAAAAAGCCUUUGUUUCCUGGUAAAGAUACUGUCCAUCAAAUGCGCAUAUUAACAGAGCUUUUAGGUACCCCAACUGAAUCUGAUCUUCGGUUUAUUCGUAAUGAAGAUGCAAAAAGGUAUCUUGCUCAACUCCCUCAACAUCCUCGCCAAUCAUUAUUAAAGAUGUUCCCACACGUUCAUCCAUUGGCUAUUGAUUUGGUUGACAAAAUGUUGACUUUGGAUCCAACUAAACGAAUCACAGUUGAGGAUGCAUUAGAACACCCUUACCUUGCUAGACUACAUGAUGUAGCCGAUGAGCCAAUUUGUUCGAAUCCUUUUUCAUUUGAAUUUGAGCAACAAGUUCUGGGAGAAGAGCAGAUUAAGAACUUGAUAUAUGAGGAGGCAUUAGCACACAAUCCGGGGUUUGCUUAAAGGAAUGGAAUUCAGCACUCUACAAUAUAAUAUGCUAAAUAAAUCUGGUAUGAAAAAAAAGAUGUCUCCAUCUCCAUGCUCCAAAACUGGAACUGCAAAUGUGUUGUAGUUAGUAUGUAUUAUUGAUGUAAACCAAUUUGCAGAUGAAUCUAGUGGCUGAUGAGUCAUGAGUGUUGUUGUUUAAAUUUGAAAUUGUUUUAUUGCUUUUUGGUUGAUGGAAGGGGUUUGGUUUUCAGACUCCUUUUUGAUACCUUAUGGGUUGUGUUGAUGAGUUGUUAAAGUAGGAUGGAUUUAGGAUAUGGUGUAAUGCAAUCUAUAGUUGAUUACUUAAGAUCUAUUUAUGUAUUUUCUUUCUAUGAGAA